AUGCAGUGGAUAAUUUUCCUGUUGCUGUUAUUCAUAAACUCCAUGGAAAUGCUCACUCAAGCCAGGAGGAAGAAACGAGUCAGUGCCACCUUGUUCGAGAACUGCACUGGGUGUGUGAUGUGUUCCGAGGACAACGGCUGUAUCGCCUGCCAACAGAGGUUGUUCCUGCUCAUCUGGAGGGAUGGGAUCCGCCAGUACGGUGCAUGCGUCCAUGCCUGCCCACCAGGCUACUUUGGAGUGCGAGGCCAAGAGCUCAACAGAUGCAUUAAAUGCCGGUCGCCCAGCUGUGAGAGCUGCUUCAGCAAAGAUUUCUGCAUGAAAUGCAAAGAGCAUUUCUUCCUGCACAAAGGCAAAUGUUUCAGCGCAUGCCCACCUGAGACCCUGGCCCAGUCCAGCACCCGGGAAUGCCAAGAAAAGUGCGAGAUGGGUCCCUGGAGCAACUGGAGCCCCUGCACAAACCAGGGCAAGACCUGUGGCUUUAAGUGGGGCUCAGCUACGAGGGUUCGUGAGGUCAUCAGGAGUAGCAAAGAGGAAUCUGCAAUGUGCUCAACACUGUCAGAGUCCAGGAAGUGCCGGAUGAAGAAACACUGCCCUGGAGAAAAGAACGAAAAGAAAAGAAAAGGAAAAAGGGACAAGAAAGAGAAGAAGAAGAAGAGGAAGAUAGAUUCUCUGAUGGUCACUUAAACAGCUUUGGAUCAAGUGAUGAUACGGCAGCGUCCCUCUCCCUACUUCUUCCCAGCAUGCUAAGAUGAAGAAAGAGAGAAAAA